AUGGAAGGAAAACAGCAAGUUGCCAUGAUGAUUGGUAACCAACAUAUACCAGGAUCACCAUUCCAUAUUCCUGUUAUCAUAGGAUUAGUACAGACAGUGGGAAAUGCAGGAAGUGAAGGACAGCUCAGCAAUCCUAUACCAGGAUCACCAUUCCAUAUUCCUGUUAUCAGAGGAUUGGUACAGACGGUGGGAAAUUCAGGAAGUGAAGGACAGCUCAGCUAUCCUGUGGGAAUAACCAUAAAUAAACAUGGUGACUUUGUCACAGCUGAUACCAGUAACAAUAGAGUGACUAUACAUGACAGAGAUGGAAAUUACAAACAAUCAUUUACAUUCACUGGUCAGUUUGCAACGCCAUUCAAUCCACGGGAUGUAGCAAUAUCAGAUGAUAAUGAAUACUUUAUGACAGAUAACAAUAACAAACAAGUAGUUGUGAGUGAUGAAUACGGAAAGUUGAUUAGAAUGUUUGGAAGUUCUGAAAUUGAUGAUCCAUGGGGAAUUGCAAUUAAUCCUGUUACUAAGAAUGUGUAUGUGAGUGAGCAUAGUAAGGAUUGUAUUAGAAAGUAUACCCAGGAUGGUGUGUAUAUUAAGUCAUUUGGGAAAAGUGGAGAUAAGCAAGGAGAGUUCAAUAUACCUUACUUGUUAGCUAUUAACAGUAAAGGGAUGGUAUAUGUGCCAGAUUGUUACAACCACCGUAUUCAG